UAAAGAUGUUAUUCCCAGUAUCAUUCUUUCCUGUUCACCAAAAAUAAUUCCAUCAAUUGGGUUCUGUUAAAGCAAGCAUCUACUGCUGAGGGUUAUGUUCUUGGUUAGUUCAUUAUUGCUCAUUUGAUAUAAAUAACAAAAUUUGAAAGAUACUACACAGUUAGACUUAUUCUUAGUGAAUCACAUCAAUCAGAACAUAACCGUAUGUAGUAUUUGGUCUGUUAUUCAGUCCUGAGUCAAACACAAUUAAUAGCCUCUUGGGCACAAUUUCUGACAGUAUUGAAUCUCAGUAAGGAAUCAGUGAAUCGUUAGCUGAGGAAAUUUUGGCAAAAGAGAAAAUGCAAAAUGGAAAAUGAUCUCAGUAUCAGAAUUGGGUUUAUUAUGAUGUUGAAAAUUUAUUGUUUUGUGGCAGCUGUACAAUGCAAGACAUAAAAAAAUCACUACAUUACAAUAAAAACUGGAGGAACAGAGAAGUAGUGUUCUUGGGUUUAUUGUCUGUUCAGAAAUUUGAUGGCAGAGAGGAGGAAGCUGUUCCUAAAGCAUUAAGUGUGGGUCUCCAGGCUCCUGUAAAUCCUCCCCAAUGGUAGUAACGAGAAGAGGCCAUGUCCCGGGUGGUGACGAUCCUUAAUGACGGAUGCUACUUCCUUGAGGCACAGUCUUUUGAAGAUGUCUUCAGUGGUGAGGUAGCUUGUGCCUGUGAAGGAGAUGCCUGAGUCUACAGCCCUGUGUACGUCUUUUGACAGAGAAUCAGUUUUGAUUUAUAGGUAGUUAAUAUUUUCCAAUCUUCUGAUUUUUGAACUAUUUCUGUGUGCCAUUCUCUUACUUAACAUUCUACACUGGCUUGCUCCUCAAACUAGCUAUCAAUCAUUAAUGACAUUGCUGUGUCAGUGACAGCAAUAUAAAGAACAAACCCAAAGUGGUAGCCUUGAGUUGUUUUGGUCAGAUAGUUUUCGGAAAUCGAUGAUCAAAUCAGACGUAAUCUUAUAAAGGCAAUCCAGCAUGUACACACUUUAAUCUAUUAUUUCAGAUAUAGUUUGUAGUGUUCACAAAUUUGUGCUUUUAAUAGUCAUGCCCAGAUCCCUUCAUUGUAUUCAAUUGUCCGUGCUGAGUGAAACUGUGGAGGGGAAUGGUAGUUUCCAAGCGGUGUCCUGCUUUUCUCGCAGGUUCAGUCACCAUCACAGCUUUUCAUUAUGAUUCCGGUGAGAGGUCUGUCCGCCUAUACAGAACGGAGGCUGCGCCAGUGGCGCUAUUAUACGUUGAAUGGCUCCAAGCUCAUCUCGCCUGUUCAAGAGCCUGAGAAGCUUCACCAGUGGUUGGAGGUCGAUCAAUUCCUUAAGAGUUCUCAAGAAUGGCACCAAUCAGAUGUCACUAUUGAAGGUGACGUUGUUCCUUCUAAAGUAAUUGCUAUCUGCAAAGCACUGCUUGAGAACACAAUCCAAUCUUCUAAUUUUCAAGGUAAGCAAGGAAAAGUCAAUAUCUUGGAAAGUGUUGGCCCUACCAUCCGACUUGCUGUGGAAACCUCAGAACAACAUGUGGAAGUGGAGCUGGUACCAGCCAUCGAAAUUGCCAACCACUGGCCAAAAAAGGCGCGCUGGCCACGGUUCCUGAAGCGUUGGCCAUCAAAAGAAAAGGCUCGAACUGUUAAGUCUUUUGGAUUUAAUUUAUUGGCAAGAUCAAAUUACCACUGGCAGCUCUCAUUCACACGUGCAGAGCAGGAGCUAUUAGAGGAUAUGGAUGACGAUGGUGGCUGUCGUCUGAAGUGUUUACAAGUCAUAAGAAAACUGAAGGAAGAUCACUGGUGUCCUGGAAAUAAACCAGUCAUUACAUCCUAUCAUCUACAGACAUUAUUGUUUUGGACCUGUGAGAAAUAUCCACGCUCUAAGGAUUGGAAAAACUUCCAGAAGUGUUUUCUGCGGUUGGUAAAGAAACUACAGAAAUGCGUGCUGCAGAGAUAUCUCCGACAUUACUUUGUAAAGAGUUACAACCUAUUUAAGUAUGCUAACACAAAUGAACUGGACAUAACAUCCCAGAAAAUCAAUGACUUCUUGAUGAACCCUGGUGUAUUCUUCCAUUGAAUUUGAUCAGCUUUGAUGUUAGCAAAUGACAGGUUCCACUGCACUAAAUAUUUUGAAACCCCAUCUUUUACCAAUCUUAAAAUUGUGUUGUUAUUUUUAAUACUGGGACCAGUAUACCAAUAGAUAUUACCAAUGAAUUAGUUACUACACAACUAUUUCUACCAGAUUUCUUUCCAUAGUUUUAAUAAGACUCUAACCUCCACUAAAAUUUAAGAGACAGAAACUUAAAAUUCUUAAGCAUUUAUUUGUUUACAUUGCUAACAUUCUUUUCUGUAAUGUGAUAAAAGGUUUAAAUAUCUUUGUUUAAAAUGAUUUGUUGCUCUGGACACAUAUUCUAUAAAGAAUAAUUAGUCUUUUCAAAUUAAGCAUUUUUUAUCUGCUUUUGCUGUGCAAUGCUUUUUUUAAAAAAAAGAUGUGUUACCUGCAGCCACUGUUCAGUAUUCAAUGAAUUGCUAAUUUCCAAUUGCCAUUGAGUAUCUAAAAUAUUUAGUAAACCAAAUUAAAGACACUUUCCAAACCUCUAAUUUAACUUAUUUAUUCCCACUGCUGCACUUUGCUAAUAUAUACGUAUUUCUUCUUUGGGAAUCCUACUGUUCAGCCCAAGUGCCAAUGAAGAUGUGUGUUAAAUAAAGGAUUUACA